GCCAAUAUCAUUAAGCUACGGUCAUAAUAAGACUUCUAUAGUCUAUUCACUUCAAAUCAUCAUUGAAGCCCCUACAAACUCAUCAAGCGAUCACUAAAGUACUACAAAAAUCAAACAUUUUAAAAAAACUAAUUUUAUUUUUCAGACGUAAACGUAUAAAAAGCAAAACUACAACUCGUACCGUACUCGUAAAGUGAUAAUCAUCGUUAUUUGAAUUUAUUAAUGUACAAUAAAUUGCAAUUCUCUUCAAUCUGAUUCUUAUUUGAGACUCGACUCAAGUUUGAUAAACAAGUACAAAAGAUUAUUCGUGUGACUGAAAAAAAAACAUAAAUAAAAUUAUUAAGGCACCGUCGACUUACAGAAUAGUAUACAACAUUGAGGCUUUAAAGUAAGAAUAUUUUAAGAAUGUCGCAUCGUAAUUUUAAUCUCCUGCUUCUUGUGGCGGUGGCGUUUCUGAGUACCGUGCAUUGCCAAAACAGUUUACCAAAAUUCACAGCAUCAAAAACAGACUUGACGUUAAUUAUAAAUGAAGUUGAGGAAAUAACGCUGUGGCUAGACAAGCCAGUCAAUGAAAGCCUCACACUCAAUUUUACUGAAAAUCAUCCAGGAUCAGUUACAGUAACACCAGAAUUAUUUAUAAUAGCUGCAAAUGCGUCGGGGAAAUUCAACAUUUCAGUAUUGGGUAUUAGUCCUGGACAUGUGGAUAUCACAGGAGUAGCAACACCACCAAAACUGGUCGACGAUUUUGGAUUAUUCUUCAGAAUCAUUGUCGCAAAUUCACAAAUCAUCAUUUACGUAUCAUUCAUUGUUGGAUGGGUUUACUUUGUUGCAUGGUCAGUCUCAUUCUAUCCACAACUUGUGAUCAAUUACAAAAGAAAAUCCGUCGUUGGAUUAAGUUUUGACUUUUUGGCGUUAAACUUUGUUGGACAUACACUUUAUGCUAUUUUCAACACCUGCCUGUACUUUGUGCCAUUCUUCCAAGAAGAAUAUUUUAGUAGAUUCCCAAGAGGAACGAAUCCUGUCGAGCUUAAUGAUGUUUUCUUCUCAAUUCAUGCAUCUGUGAUCACCGCUGUGACAAUAACUCAGUGCUUUAUGUAUGAGCGUGGCGAGCAACGCGUCUCUGAUAUCGCACGAGGAAUUCUCGGAAUCUUUACAACAGUCUUAGUCGUAGUCAUAAUCAUGUCAUCAAUAGGAAAUCUCCACUGGUUGGACUUCCUCAACACUUGCAGCUACAUCAAACUAGCAAUAACUUUAGUUAAAUAUGUGCCACAGGCAAUUCUCAAUUACAGAAGAAAGAGUACAGUCGGAUGGAGUAUUGGAAAUAUUUUAUUGGACUUUACAGGAGGAAUUUUGUCAAUGCUUCAAAUGAUGCUUAAUUCUUAUAAUUAUAACGAUUGGCAAUCAAUUUUCGGUGAUCCAACAAAGUUUGGCCUUGGAUUAUUCUCAGUAUUGUUUGAUAUUCUCUUUAUGAUUCAACAUUACGUCUUGUAUAGAUCCAACGACCUAAUAAUACAUUUUAAUGACAGUACCGAAAGCAUGGAUUCCUUAAAAUCCAUUAUGCACUUGCAGCCAUAUCGCACUAUACCAGGAAAUGAUUCAGCAGCAAACUUAACAGAAAGCACUGAAGAUGAGGGUUCACAAGAUGCAUAAUAAUUUAUAAACAUAUCAAACUGACGAGGCUUGUAUUAUCAUUGAAUUAUACCACUAAGAAUAGAAUUUAAUAUGAUAUUAAUGACCAUAAUGAAUUGAAAUUUAUCAACAUAUUUAAUUUGUACCUUAUGAUAACAGAAAUGUGAAAAUUAUUCAAAUUUUUAAAUUAGACAAAGAAAGCAAAAACUUAAUGAAACUGAUAAAUUGGAAAUUUAUUUUUGAAACCUUUAAAGUUCAAACUUUAAACGAUUUUUGUAGCAUUAAUUAUCAAUAAGUAUUAAUCAAAUUCCUCAUUAUAAUUUGUGAUUUUCAAUAUAAUUUUUUAAUAAUUAAACAUAUUAUUAUCAUUAUAACCAAAAUUAGAAUAGCAUAUAUAUUCAUAUGCAUUACAACGAAACAUAAUUGUAGAUCUAAAUCAUGUUAUAAACAUUUUGGAAAUUAUUUGAAAAUUGAAGAAAAAAUUACAAUGAAAUAAAGUGUUGAAAUUUUUAAAAUUGAAGAUUUUGAGAGUAGACUUAAAAAUGUAUGAAACCAGCAAAUUUUAGUGCUUUUGAAAAUUUGAUAAUAAAUAUAACUUGAUUUAAAUUUUGUUCAUUUUUAUUAUAAUUGAUCGAAAAAUAUAAAAUUAAGUUUACAGACAAUUAACGACGACAGUUGCAAACAGAUUGUCCAUCACACCAACCACCUCGAUAUCCUCUGGCAAUACAAUGAGCUGCACAAGCUGGAGUACUUCCUAAGAUGUCACAGGUAAGUCUCUUAUUACGAACAAAUGGAACUGAUUCAUCGAGAAAUUGUUGAUCUUCAAAAUUUGGUCCUUCAAAAUUCUGCUCUUCAAAAUCUGCAGAUUUAAGUUUAUUUAACAAAUUUUCAAAAAAUCUAGAAUCGAGAGUUAAGUUUUAACUUGUAAAAUUUACUUACCAACUGGAUUUAAAACAGCCAAAGCAAUAACAGCAAAAAAUACAACAACAAAAAUUAUUAAACGCAUUUUAAAUGUUUCUAAAAUUUAAAAUUUCAAUUCUAAUUAGACAAGUAAUUUUCUAUCAGAAGACUUCCUUCUUGUUAGAACUUCAAACUG